UUCAGCUUAAAUAUAACAUCGGUCAAUAACUCGUCGACGACCUCGUGGGAGUAGAAUAAGCAACAGACUCUAUUCAAUCAUGGCGGAACCGAUGGAAGAUUCAAUAGACGGAUCAGAGAAUCCACCCUUACAACCGCCCCAACCCUCACCACCCACCGCAUCUUCAUCCCGGGCCUCAACGGAGACCUUGGACGGCCACUCACUCUCUCUCCCAGACCCCCAGCUACAAAACCAAACCGACCCUACCCCCGCACCCGCCUUCACCGCCCUUCCUAGCCUCUCCCUCCCCGGCUCCUCCCACAUUAUCGUCCUCCCCGCCCUCCCGAACCUCGAACCAAACCCCUUCUCCCUAUUCGCGGCCAACGAUUCCGCGCCAGCCAACAACCAAUCCCCUGUUCUCGCUGCAGCACAGCGUGUUUUUCCUGUCAACACCACCCGCUUGUCCCAGGCUGGUCAACGGCGUUCGAUAAGGGCUAAUCUGGGGCGCGCUUUCGACUUUGCUGCAGCACCGCGACCUAAUCGCGGCAUACAGAGGGUUUACUUCGAUAACUCCCCCGCCCUCUUUCGUCACACCAAUCCCCCACCUCUAGUGCCGUCCAACGCCCCCGCCCCCGCAACAGAACCCGUUGUCGCCGCCGCCUCCCCCCCCUCCACCACCGACAGCGAACCCAACCAGCAAGAGCUCGAACAACAACGUCAACAGCGGCGCCUCGAACGUCGGGAAUUGCGACGUGACGACCGCCAGCGCCAGCGCGAAAUCCGUCGCGAAGCCCGCCGCGAAGCCAGCCGCGAAGCGCGCAGAGAAGCCCGUCAACUCGAGAGCGACACCCGCCAACGCUCGCGCUGGCAGAGGCGCGCAGCAGCCGCCCACCCCAACUCGCCCAUGCGACAAGCGCUCAUAGUGCGCAGCCGCGAGAGGAUCCGGGAAGAGCGGCGCGCGGGGGGACAACCGGAGAGGACCCCGGAGGCGCAGGGAACGCCGCCGGCUUUCGAUUUAAGGUUCUUUGGGGGACGAGCGCCGAAUACCGGGGAGGAGGAACGGGUGGCAAGGGAGCGGGCGCGGCUGGAUGAGCAGCAGGCGGAGGCGAUGGCGCAGGAGGAGCUGGAGCGCUUGGCGGCCGCGGGGGAUCAGGAUGCUAUUGCUAGUGUAAGGCGACGUGUAGCGCCGGCGGCGCCAGGACCGCCCGUGGGCUUCGGUCCGGGGUUCGUGGAGAUGACGUUUGAACAGGUCCCGGGGGCGGAGGGGAUAGAUGGUGAGAUGGGUGGGGGUCCGGAGGAGGUACAGGAUCCUGAACAACUGAGGGCUGCGAGGCUGGCUCACUUGGCAGAGCGUAACGCGUGGAUAGCUGAGAGUGCGAGGGCUAUGGGGGCGGGGUCAAUGCUUGAGCGGAUCAAUAUGGAGAGGAGGGAGAAGAUGGCGAGGGAGAAGGAGGAGGCGAAGAGGGAGAUGGAGGAGUUGCUUGAGAGGAUGGCGGCGAAGAAGGGGAGGCAGGAGCGAGAGAGGUGGGCGGGGAGGGGGGGAGGGGCGCUGGAGAGGCUGAAGAUUAGGGUUGGGGAGAGCUUUGGGGUGUUGGAGGGGGAAGUUGUCCUCGCACGCCACGCUCACGUACACCACACCGACCCCCCCGAAGCCCUCCUCAAAUCCACCCGCGCCGCCGCCCGCGCCAACGCGCGCGCCGCCCACAAAGCCGCUAACGCCAUAUCCACGCCGCCCAUCACCAUCACGCCCGCCGAGAAAGAGGAGGUACAGCGCGCCGCCCGCGCCUUCGCCCUGGCUACAGAGGAGGAGCGGAUAAUGAACGCGAUAAGGUCGGGGGUCCCCGUGGCGAGGCGAGGAGUGGCGGGGGUGAUAAGGCAGGAGGUGCGGGAGGGACAGAGGGUGUUUAUUCAUGAGACUACGGAGGUUAGGACGGUGCCUGUGGGAGAGGGGGUGGUGGAUGCGGAGAGUAUUACGGAGGAGAUAGAGAGGCGGAAUUUGGAGGUUGAGAGGAUGAUGGUGCGGUUGGAGAGUCAGAGGGCGGGGGUGAGGAGGGGGGUGGCGGAGCUGACGAGGAUGCGGGAGGAGGCGCGGGCGGCGGGGGUGGAACCGGAGAGAGAUCAGGCGGUUGAGGAGGCGGUGGCGGAGAUGGAGAGGACGGGGGUGGAGCUGGAGAGGAGGGCGGCGGAAGUGCGGAUGCAGGGGGUUGAGCUGCAGAGGAGGAGGGCGGAGGUGGAUGGGAGGAGGAUGCUGGAGAGGGGGAGGGAGGAGCUGGAGAGGGCGGAGCGGGAGAGAAAUGAGGCGGCUGGGCAGGAGGCGGAGGGUAGGGUUGUUGUUGUUGGUGCGGCAGGGAGGUUGACGCCGCAUAUGAGGCUGGCGCUGGUGGGGACGAGGGGGUUACGAGACGCGGCUGCUAAUGCGCGCGCUGGGGUUGCGGAGGGGGAACCGUUGGAGGGAGCGAGGCUGGAGGAGGCGUGGAGUAGGUUGGCGGCGGGGAAUGUGGAGGUGCUUGGGGAGGUGAUGCGUGUGAAUGGGGUGGAUGAGAUGGGGAGGGCGGAGGAGAGGAGUGCAGAAGCGGAAGAGACGUCAAGCGCUACGAUUACAGUGCCACCAGCGGUUGAGGAUGCGCAGGCUGAGAUGCAUAGGAGGGUGGGUGUGGUGGAGAUGAUUAUAGGGAGGAUGAGAGACGAGGGGGAGAUGGUGGACGGUUGGGAGGUGUUUGAGGCGUUGGAGACGGCGAUGGAGAGCCUGAGGGCGCAGGGUGAUGGCCCGGUCCUGCUGGAGGGUGGGGGGGAGAGGUAUCGCGAGGCGUUGGAGAUGGUACAGAUGCUUAUGAGGGGGGGUCCGCGGGAUGGUGAGGAGAGGUAG